AUGGAUGUUGUUGCUUCUGUUACGGCUAAUAUAUUGACCAAGUUAGUAGAUGAAGCAAUACUUCAAGCUUGCUAUCCUUUCCGCUUCAACAAGUAUGUCAAAGAGCUUGAAACAAAACAACAGAACCUGCAAUCAAAAAUACAAGAGGUUCUAACUCAUGCUGAAAAUGAGAGGAAGAAUACUCAUAAGGUUGUUCCUAAAGUUGAGAAUUGGUUACACAAAGCAGACUCUCUGAUGGCACAAGUGGUGGAGCUGCAAGAGAAAACCAAGAAAAGAAACAAGAUGUCUUGCCUUAAGCAUUGUCCAGACUUGAUCAGUCGUUAUAAUCUGGCAAAGCAGCUUGAGGAGAAGACAAAUGAAAUUAGAAAGCACAAUGAAGUUGAAUUCUCGGAGUUUUCUCGACUUACUUCGCUUGUAGGUAUGCAUUACUUUUCUUCACAAGAUUUUGUGGCCUUUGACAGUAGAAAGGGGGCUUGUGAGGAUCUUUUAAGGGCUAUUAAGGAUGAUAAGAUUCAUAUGAUAGGAUUGUGUGGCAUGGGCGGGUCUGGGAAAACAACUUUGGUAAAAGAAGUGGGCAAAGAAGCAGAGAAAUUUUUUGAUAAAGUAGUCUUUGUAGUUGUGUCUAAUACCAUUGAUGUAAGAAAAAUUCAGAGCGAGAUUGCCAACCCACUAAAGUUGGAAUUGAAAGAGGAAGAGACACAAGUGAGAGCUAGACGCUUGUCCAUGAGAUUGAGCAGUGGAGAAAGGUUUUUGAUUAUUCUGGAUGACGUAUGGGAGAAGCUUAAUUUUGAGGACAUAGGGAUUCCUACUAAUAACGAUCAAAUGGGCUGCACUACUCUUAUAACCACCCGCAAUUUGCAUGUAUGUAAAUCGAUGGGUUGCCAAAAAAAAAUUCCCCUGGAGGGUUUAAAAGGGAAUGAUUCUUGGGCCCUUUUUAAGAAGCAUGCUGAGUUGUCUGAUGAUUGCUUUGAUAAAUGGAAGGAUAUAGCAAAAAAAAUUACAAAAAAAUGUGAUGGUUUACCUAUUGCAAUUGCAGCAGUAGCCAGUGCUUUGAAGGAUAAACCUUAUGAUGAGUGGGUUGCAGCAUUGAAAACAUUGAGAAGUUCACGUUGGAUAGAUGUUGAAGAAGGUCUCAGAGAUUGA